AUGUUCAUCGUAUUAUUCGUUCUUUGUAUACAAUUAUCAAUACAAACUGAAAUUGAAUAUAAGCAUUUAGGUCGACCAUGUCAUAUUAAUCAUUGUGAUAAUGAACAUGUUUGUAUACGUCGAAACGAUGUUGCUUUUCAAUAUCGUUGUAUACCAAAAAGUUAUUUUAAACAACAUCCAGACAAAAUUACUGAAUGGAAUUUAAAUCCAUCAUUAAUCGAUGAAAUAUUUGAUGCUACAAAAUGUCAAUCAUGUUUAAGUAAACCAUUGACAUACGUUUGUGGAACUGAUGGACGUGUUUAUCGAUCACCUUGUUUUGUCAAAUAUUUUAAUUGUCUAUUAGAUACAGAUAUACAAAUUGCAUGUAAUAAAGAAUGUCCAUGCAAUGAUACAAGUUUAGAUGAAGAAAAUUUCGAAUGGAUGGAUUUCAGUGUUAAAGAAAAUGUCAUUAGUGAUCCAUUAGCUGAUGAUAGUCCUGAUGAUCCAAGAGGACAAUUUGAUCAAUGUCCACGAUCAGUUCAUCGUGAAGUACGUAAUCGAUUUUUUGAUUGGUUUCAUCAAAUCGAAAAACUUGAACAUAAAAGUCAAUAUUAUGGUUCUAUUGAUAAUUGUCAUCCAAUUGUUUCAUAUAUGUUUUAUCAUUUUGAUAUAACAAAUGAUUCUCAAUUAAACGAUGAUGAAUUAAAUAGUAUUGAACAUUUAAAAGAUGAAUUAUGUACGGAUAGAUUUUUUCAACGAUGUGAUCAUGAUGAUGAUCAUCGAUUAUUUUCAUAUGAAUGGUGUAAUUGUUUUCAAUAUGCUCUUUUACCUUGUGAAUUACAUAAUCAUGAUUUGGAUAAAACAUUUUGGAAUAAAUCAAUAGAAAGUAUAUUUCGACCACGAUGUAAUUCAAAUGGAUAUUAUGCAGCAAGACAAUGUAAUACAGAUACACCACGACAAUGUUGGUGUGUUGAUAAACAUGGAAUUGAAGUUAAUGGAACACGACAAGAUGAUGAUCAUAUGCCACAAUGUGAUGAAAUUGAAGAUUCAAGAAUAGAGCAAAUAAUAUAA